CACAACCAAGAAAUAUACAGAAGCUUAAGAAAGAGUCAUAGAGAUAUAGAAGCACAUAUAUAUAACUCACACACAUAUAUAUAUAUAUACACACACUUUGUGAGAGAGAUAGAGAGAUGGAGUUCCUAAAGCUAUUUGGAGUUUUUAUUGCCUUCAUGGCAGUACUUUGCCUGUUUUUGCUCUUCAUACUAACACUUUACUGGUGGGUUUUUCCUAAUCAAACCCACAAGAAGCUUAAGUUAUGUGGGUUUGGAGGACCAACCCCAAGUUUUCCACUUGGAAACAUUAAAGAGAUGAAAAGAAAAAAUAGCAGCAUUACUCAAUCUUCAGUUUCAUCCUCCUCUAAUAUGAUCCAACAUGAUAUUCACUCACACGUGUUUCCCUACUUUUCUUGCUGGCAGAAAUCACAUGGUAAGGUGUUUGUGUACUGGCUUGGUACGGAGCCAUUUUUGUACAUUGCAGAUCCUGAGUUUUUGAAGAAAAUGUCCACAGAGGUUAUGGCAAAGAGAUGGGGAAAACCAAGUGUGUUUAGAAAUGACAGAGACCCAAUGUUUGGAAGUGGUUUGGUCAUGGUUGAAGGCAACGAUUGGGUUCGUCACAGGCACAUUAUCGCCCCUGCAUUUAAUCCCCUUAACCUCAAGGUCAUGGGAAGCAUGAUGGUUGAUUCCACAAAUCAAAUGAUCGAAAGAUGGACUACUCAAAUAAGCUCCGGCAACCCCGAAAUUGACGUGGAGAAAGAGAUCAUAGCAACCGCCGGAGAGAUCAUAGCAAAGACUAAUUUUAGCAUGGAAGAUGAAAAUGCUAGAGAGGUGUUUCACAAACUAAGAGCUUUACAAAUGACUCUCUUCAAAACCAAUCGCUAUGUAGGUGUUCCCUUUGGCAAGUAUAUGAGUGUGAAGAAAACUUUGGAAGCCAAGAAGCUUGGGAAGGAAAUCGAUGAACUCUUGUUAUCCAUCAUUGAAGCGAGGAUGAAAUCGUCAAAAAAUAAUUCUAAACAAGAUUUGUUAGGGUUGUUGCUUCAACGGAAUACCCUUGAAGGCCGGUCAGGGAAACCGUUGACGACGCGAGAAGUGGUGGAUGAGUGCAAGACUUUCUUCUUUGGAGGCCAUGAAACCACCGCACUUGCCAUCACUUGGACCUUGCUGCUUCUUGCUACGCAUGAAGAUUGGCAAAAUCAGCUGAGAGAUGAGAUUAGAGAUGUGGUGGGAGAGAACGAACUUGAUAUCUCUAUGCUUGCCGGUUUGAAAAAGAUGAAAUGUGUGAUGAAUGAAGUUCUGCGACUAUACCCGCCAGCACCAAACGUACAAAGACAGGCAAGAGAGGACAUUAAAGUUGAUGAUUUAACAGUUCCUAAUGGAACCAACUUAUGGAUUGAUUUGGUAGCGAUACACCAUGACCCUGAGUUCUGGGGAGAGGAUGCUAAUGAGUUCAAGCCAGAGAGGUUCAUGGAUGAUGUGAAUGGUGGGUGCAACCACAAGAUGGGUUACUUGCCUUUUGGUUUUGGAGGGAGAAUGUGUGUUGGUAGGAACUUGACUUUUAUGGAGUACAAGAUUGUGUUGACACAGCUUCUCUCUAAGUUUAGCUUCAAGGUUUCACCAGGUUACCACCAUUCUCCAGCUACCAUGCUUUCCCUAAGGCCAACUCAUGGACUCCAACUCAUAGUUCAGCCUCUUUAAUUAAUUUAGAAUAUUAUUUAAUUCAACUAAUAAUAUUUACAAAUUAAUUAAGAAGAUAUGUUAUAGUUUGUUUAAUUAACCCCUUCACGAAUGUACAACUCAAUUGUACAAGUAGAUAUGUUUACCGGAAAGGGCAUGUUCCAACCCCGCCCCCCUUUUUGGCUCUUGAGGAGCCAAGCUUUUUAGCAUCCCUAGCUUUGUUUGAUUGGAUUGUACAUGAUGGAGUUACCUUUAAUAAAAGAGUUAUUAUACA